GCGCACCUGGAGCCCCGCCUCCUCAAGGAGCCGUUUCAGGCGUCCCCGGCACCUUCGUGAGACCUCUGGCGUCUUUAUGUGUUUGAGGGUUAAGUACCGGGGGUGAGAGCCGUGGGGGGUCGCCGGGAAAGGAGGGCUUGGUCCCGGAGAGCGGGAAAGGGAGUCCAUGGGAGUGACCCCGCCACUUGGAGCCGGUGCGCUCGUCCGGCCCGGCCGUCCGCCGCGGAAAAGCCAACGUGGGCGAAUCCCCAGCUCCGCGCGCUCUCGGGGCGCCGGGGGUGCUGAGGCCUCCUGAGGGGAAGGUGCGUGGUACCAGCGGAGUUGCGGGGACCUUCUGUCCCUCCCAGGUGUAGCUCGACUGGGAAGAAGUCGGCGCCGAAGGCUGGAGAGCUUCAGAGGAGAGGCUGAAUUGCCCAGAAAGAAGCAGAUCCUGAUUUGCUCAGCCAAAAGCAGUUCUUGAUCCGCCUGCCCAGAAUGAAGGAAACUCUAUGAUGUCACCACCUCCAGAAGCCACCACAGACUGUCUGACAGUGGAGGGUUUGGACCAGCUUUGAGAAGGGCGAGCUGAAUCAUCACCAUUCUUCACAUUCUCACAGGAGCUGUAGAAAAUGAAAAAAUCGCAGGCAUCAAUGUCAUUCAAAGACGUGGCUAUGGAGUUCACCCAGGAGGAGUGGAAGCUCCUGGGCCCUACUCAGAGGACCCUGUACAGAGAUGUGAUGCUGGAGAACUACAGCCACCUCGUCUCAGUGGCCGCUGCAGAAGGAGCGCCAGGCCGGGGCGGAGUGCGGGCUCGCGCGGCAAGUGAGCGCCGAGGUCACGAAAUGGAUUCGAGUGAACCGGAGACCCAGAAAACGGAAACGAAGGGAGAACGAAGAGGUGUUUGAAAAGAUUUUAGGGAAGCGUAAAGGAAAAGGGUGACAAUCAUCAAAGCAAAGAAAACCACUGGAGCCAAAGCACGGCAAUGAGCUUCUAUGCCACUGGGGUGGAGCUCUGGAGUAAAGAACAAAUUGGGGGCUGAGGCAAGCCAUGCCAAUUGGAGGAAAGUUCUAGAAAAUCUUCAGUUAGCCUGGACGGGUUAUAACAGAGAGACCGUGUUUAGACGGUGUCGGGUAGAGACUAGGAUGGGGCUGGAAGACCCUGCCAGGGCUGAGCCCACAUCCAUGUCCAGAAGAAAGAAGGCAGCGAGUGACCAGCCAAGCCAUGUCUGCCAUGGCUAUGGAAGGAAGUGAUGGUGCAGGUGCCACGGAUUUACCACCACUGGACUAGAGCCAAGGAAACCAGCCAGGAGGACAUUAUAACAAACAAAACACAAAGUUAUAAGGGUGAGAUGGGAGUGAGGGCCAUCAUAACGUCCCCAUCACCAACAACAGAUCUGGAAGAUAUUUAGCCAAAAGAAGCAACGAGAUUCGAAG